AUGGAAACAGAGUUGUCAGUCACUGCUGAGUUAGUGCCUACCUCAUCAUGGAACAUUUCAAGUGAACUCGACAAAGAUUCUUACCUGACCCUUGAUGAACCAAUGAAUAACAUCACCACGUCCCUGGGGCAGACAGCUGAACUGCACUGCAAAGUCUCUGGCAAUCCACCUCCUACCAUCCGCUGGUUCAAAAAUGAUGCACCUGUGGUCCAGGAGCCCCGGAGGAUCUCAUUUCGGGCAACCAACUAUGGCUCUAGACUGCGGAUUAGAAAUCUUGACACCACAGAUACAGGCUACUUCCAGUGCGUGGCAACAAAUGGCAAGAAGGUGGUUUCUACCACGGGAGUCUUGUUCGUCAAGUUUGGUCCUCCUCCCACUGCAAGUCCGGGAUCCUCAGAUGAGUAUGAAGAAGAUGGAUUCUGUCAGCCAUACAGAGGGAUUGCAUGUGCAAGAUUUAUUGGCAACCGCACUGUCUACAUGGAGUCUUUGCACAUGCAAGGGGAAAUAGAAAAUCAGAUCACAGCUGCCUUCACCAUGAUUGGCACCUCCAGCCACUUAUCUGAUAAGUGCUCUCAGUUUGCCAUUCCUUCCCUGUGCCACUAUGCCUUCCCGUACUGCGACGAAACCUCAUCCAUCCCUAAGCCCCGGGACUUGUGUCGCGAUGAAUGUGAAAUCCUGGAGAAUGUCCUGUGUCAAACAGAGUACAUUUUUGCAAGAUCAAAUCCCAUGAUCCUGAUGAGGCUGAAACUACCAAACUGUGAAGAUCUCCCCCAGCCGGAGAGCCCCGAAGCCGCAAACUGCAUCCGGAUUGGAAUUCCCAUGGCGGAUCCCAUAAAUAAAAACCACAAGUGCUAUAACAGCACAGGUGUGGAUUACCGGGGGACCGUCAGCGUGACCAAAUCAGGGCGCCAGUGCCAGCCAUGGAAUUCUCAGUACCCCCACACGCACACCUUCACUGCUCUCCGUUUCCCAGAACUGAACGGAGGCCAUUCCUACUGCCGCAAUCCGGGGAAUCAGAAGGAGGCCCCCUGGUGCUUCACCUUGGAUGAAAACUUUAAGUCUGACCUGUGUGACAUCCCAGCAUGUGAUUCGAAGGGCUCCAAGGAGAAGAAUAAAAUGGAGAUCUUGUACAUACUGGUGCCAAGUGUUGCUAUUCCUCUGGCCAUUGCUUUUCUCUUCUUUUUUAUCUGCGUCUGCCGCAAUAACCAGAAGUCAUCGUCACCGCCAGUCCAGAGGCAACCGAAACAUGUCAGAGGUCAAAAUGUGGAGAUGUCAAUGCUGAACGCAUAUAAACCCAAGAGCAAGGCUAAAGAGCUGCCACUCUCUGCUGUACGUUUUAUGGAAGAAUUGGGGGAAUGUGCCUUUGGAAAGAUCUAUAAGGGCCAUCUCUAUCUCCCAGGCAUGGACCAUGCUCAAUUGGUUGCUAUAAAGACCUUGAAAGACUAUAACAACCCCCAGCAAUGGACAGAAUUUCAACAGGAAGCCUCCCUGAUGGCCGAACUACACCACCCCAAUAUCGUCUGCCUUCUGGGUGCUGUCACUCAGGAACAGCCUGUGUGUAUGCUUUUUGAGUAUAUGAAUCAGGGGGAUCUCCAUGAGUUCCUUAUCAUGCGCUCCCCACAUUCUGAUGUUGGCUGUAGCAGUGACGAAGACGGGACCGUAAAAUCCAGCCUGGAUCAUGGAGAUUUUCUGCACAUAGCAAUUCAGAUUGCAGCCGGCAUGGAGUACCUGUCUAGUCACUUCUUUGUCCAUAAGGACCUUGCAGCUCGCAAUAUUUUAAUCGGAGAGCAACUUCAUGUAAAGAUUUCAGACCUUGGGCUUUCCAGAGAAAUCUACUCUGCCGAUUACUACAGGGUGCAGAGUAAGUCUCUGCUGCCCAUUCGCUGGAUGCCCCCUGAAGCCAUCAUGUAUGGCAAAUUCUCUUCUGAUUCAGAUAUCUGGUCCUUCGGGGUUGUCUUGUGGGAGAUCUUCAGUUUUGGACUGCAACCGUAUUAUGGAUUUAGUAACCAGGAAGUGAUCGAAAUGGUAAGGAAACGACAGCUAUUACCAUGCUCCGAAGAUUGCCCGCCCAGAAUGUACAGCCUCAUGACAGAGUGCUGGAAUGAGAUUCCUUCCAGGAGACCAAGAUUUAAAGAUAUCCAUGUCCGGCUUCGGUCCUGGGAGGGACUCUCAAGUCACACCAGCUCCACUACUCCUUCAGGGGGAAAUGCUACCACGCAGACAACCUCCCUUAGCGCCAGCCCAGUGAGUAAUCUCAGUAACCCCAGAUAUCCCAAUUAUAUGUUCCCGAGCCAGGGUAUUACACCACAGGGCCAGAUUGCUGGUUUCAUUGGCCCACCGAUACCUCAGAACCAGCGAUUUAUCCCCAUCAAUGGAUACCCAAUACCUCCUGGCUAUGCGGCAUUUCCAGCUGCCCACUACCAACCGACAGGCCCUCCCAGAGUGAUUCAGCAUUGCCCGCCUCCCAAGAGUCGGUCCCCGAGCAGUGCCAGUGGGUCGACUAGCACUGGUCAUGUGACCAGCUUGCCCUCUUCAGGAUCUAAUCAGGAAGCAAACAUUCCCUUACUACCACACAUGUCGAUUCCAAAUCAUCCCAGUGGAAUGGGUAUCACCGUUUUUGGCAACAAGUCUCAAAAACCCUACAAAAUAGACUCAAAGCAACCGUCUUUGCUAGGAGACUCCAAUAUUCACGGACACACCGAAUCUAUGAUUUCUGCAGAACUGUAAAAUGCAUGACUUUUGUAAAUGUGGUAUACAGGAAAAACUAGAAAGCCGUAGAAAAGAUUUAAAUUCAAAUGUUUUUAUUAAAGUAAGGUUCUCACUUAGCAGACAUUGCAACAAGUAUCUUCUGUGAAGUUUAACUGUGUCUUACCAAGCAGGGCAGACAACCAGCCAGAAAAAGAAAACAUUGUGGGAUUAACACUCCAUCAGGGGUACAUGACAUGGCAUUGGGAUUGGUACAUCUGGUUUCACGUACUAAAAACUGCAAACCAGUGAAGAAGAAAAGAAUCUCGUGAUUAAAUAUCAAACCAAAAAGGAAAGUCAAAUGGUGCUUUGUGUAUUUGCCUCCGUUCGCCAUGACUGGUCUCUCCCCAAAAUGUAUAUACCGUAGCAUUUGUCUACCUGCUGUUUUAUCUUCAGGACAAAUGUUCAGGAAUUGUGUUGAUUCAAUUUAGACUCUAUGCAUUCUUGUAUGAAAAUGAUGUUCAGGAUCAAUGAGGAAACUGUAGGCAAAAUUUGAAAUCCCAGAUGGAAACGAGCCAUAAGACAAGUGUAAGAUCCCCUGAGGCCAUCUACACAGUGGGGCUUCUUUGGGAAGGUACAGAAUGUGCCUCUUUGUGAAUCUCCUCUGCUGAUCACGAAGGCCUUUUCCACAUUAUCGUUUUCCACAGUGUGUUUACACGAGCCCUUGAAAUAAUAUAGGGCAUCAGACCAUAAGAAGGCUAGACGUGGAUGCUGGAAUUGAUUGUUGGUUGAUAGUUCACUCCUUGCAUUAGAAAUGAGGAACCAAAGGAAGCACAGUCAGGAAAAUGGUCCCUCGGCCUAGAUCAGCACCCCUGGGAGAGGAACAAGGUUUCCCAUGGGGCAGCCUCCCGGGAGCUUCCCUGGAACAAUAGGAUUGAAGAAUAGAGGUAUGGCUGCAGACCAGCACAUUAGUGCUUACAACCUCCUGAAUAUGAAUCUUCCUAGGUGUAGGGGGCCCACCAUCAAUGGACUCUGGGGAAGUAGGAAACUCUAUGACACCAAUACCUAGUUAAAGUUUCUCUCACCUUUAUUUUUUUCUGAUCUGGAAAUGUUCAUAGAUUUUAUUCCAGCACCAGGAGUUACGACCAUUUAUUCAUAGCAUUAGUUGGAAUCCAAAGACUAUGAAUUCUAUUUUGUAAAACAUUACAGUAUUUUUUUUUAAACACAGGUACUGAAUUCUCAUUUCAAAGAUAACCAUGAAUUGAAAUUUUGAAGCUGGUGAAUAGAAGAAACAUAAUCAUUUUUGCCUUAGGAGGGAGGCAUCAAAUGUGCAUUUCAUGCCACUUACCUACUAGCCAUCUUUUGCCAAGUUUAGAAUUCUUAUGGGUUUCAAGUUCUAUAUAGAAAGGAAUGUUAUGUUAGAUUUUUCUCUUGUUAAAAAAUAACUCCUUUAUUCUAAGAACAAUGUCUCAAGGUCUCAUUUUUUUAAUCAUUACUAUUUUACAACUAAAGAGACUUACAAAGAGACUUUACAGGAUAUAAAAUAAUUCCUGGAAAUGAUAUCUGAUGAGGAGAAUGUAAAGCACAUUGAUGUUUCAAUUUUGUAAAAAGAAAAAAAAUGCAAUUAGGAUGAGAAAUCAAGGAAAUCUGUUUACCAAAUGUGUUGCAAUUUUCCCAAACACUGAAUCUUCAAACAAUGAACAUGGACUUAUCGGUACUGUGAACUCAAAGAAUUGGCUAUAUCCAGUUUUGUUGAAACAUAAAUUAAGAAAUAUUUUUGUGGCAUAAGUAAGCUGGUUCAAGAGCUACAUUUCUUAACUUUAGGUAGAGGAGAAUAUUUGGAUCCUUUUGUUGCUAUGCAACUGUUUAAUGAUGAAGAUUCAAACCACAAUUUUGUAUAUCAUACGACAAUCAAUUGUUUUCCAAGGAUAUUUAUUAUUUUAAGUAAACAUGAUUUCAGUGAAUCUGAGUUUUUCUAGGAGUCCCUUAAAGGGAAAUUAGCAUUCCGUGAGCCAGUAAAAUACGUACUCUGGAAAAACAUUACUAUGGUAAAAAGUAAAUUCAAGUUAGUUUUUUAUAAAGAACUAUAACAUUUAUUUUAAACAUUUUAUAAUUACUGAAGUCAUUAAGGUGAGCAAACCAAAUUUCAAAACCACUUGUAAUAAUGUAUUUUGUGAUAGCACUGUGAUACUACAUAACACAGUCCCUUUUGUAUUAAAAUGGUAUUUUUUUCACAAACUGAAAAAUGUCCUUCGCUUUGUUGACAAUGUUUUGUAAGAUGACUUUAUUUUCAGAUCUCUUUUUUUUUCCUUAUUUUUUCCUUUUUUUUUUUUUUUUUUUUUUUUGCACAAAACUAUGUUUAUGGUUUGUAUCACAGAAGUGAAAAUAUAUCUCUGCAUUUUUAUAUCCGGUCUGUUUCUUUGUUUCCUUUGUUUGUUUCUUUUUAACUCGAUAUAGAUUUCCUUCAAAUAUAUCAUGGCGAUAUUCAGAUAUCUUGCCCUCCCGUAUCUUUUCUUAUUUUCACUGCAUGCAUUUAAUCACUGUAUUACUUAAUGUUUGAUCUGUUAUUAUGGGCAUUUCAAGUAGACAAGCAUGGAUGUAAUGACAAAAAGGCUAUUUUAUAUUGAGGAUAUGUGCAUUUGUAUUUCACACACCAGCGAUGAUAUUAAACACUGAUUACUUUAUGCUGCUGUUUAUUAAAAAUGUUUACCAUAUAAUAUUAUUUCCUGAAUAUUGCUAUCCUGGAGGUAUUUGGGGAUUUUAAUAUUAUUUCUCUAAUUAUUGACAUUUCAUAGAAAAAGGAAUCAUAAUUCUUAUUUACUAUAAUUCCUAUUUCAUUGAAAUGAUUUUUUUUUUUAAGUAGGCUUUUAAAAUAGAUUUGGGCAUUCUUUUGCCACUGACCACAGGUGGAAGGGAAAAGAUCCCAAUGAUUUCAUGACCAUAUACUAUCCAACUAUAUAUGGCAAGCUUUUAGUUUUUAAAAUCAAAAUAAUAUAUUGAAUAAUUACUUUACAACCAAAUGGAAUGUAAAUAUUGGUUUUCAAAGUUGCAUCCUUUUCUGCCUUGUUUCCGUGUGAACUUAGACAUCAAAAAUCAUGUCUUCAAACUCUGAAGAAGAAAGAGCUGUGUACAUCUUAUCAUGUUCAACUUAGAUUCCAAUCAUACUGAUAAAAUAAAAAGA